AUGGAGGCGGCGCCGGCGACAGCGGCCUGGAGGUCCUGGUCGUGCGCCGACGUGGGGCGCUGGCUGGGCGCCCAGGGCUUCCAGGAGCACGUGGAGCUCUUCGCCGCCAACAAGAUCUCGGGCAGCAUCCUCCCGGAGCUCACGCGCAACGCGCUGCGCGACGACUUGGGCAUCGCGGCCUUCGGGGACCGCGCCUGGCUGCCCCGCGACGAGAACGCGCUGGACCUGGUGGUGCUGCACGCGGCGCCGCUCGUGAUCAAGGACAGCCGCCACCGCAUCUACCCCAUGGAGAAGCUGGACCUAGAGGCGGAGCGCCGCGAGAUCAGCAACUCGCUGCUCACGGACGUGCAGCACAAGGCCAUCCACGUGCGCUUCGACAUCGCCACGGCCGACAUCCUGCGCAGCCUCAUGACGGCGUGGAAGUGCACGGUGCUGCACUUCUCCGGCCACGGACUGGGCCAACGAGCCGCGCUCUGCUUCGAGGAUGGAGCCGGCUGCACGCACCUCAUCACGCCCGACGCGUUGAGGCAGUUGAUGUUCUCCGGUCACACGCCUGGGGACCGGCAAGUGCCCGGCGCGACACCCGUGGAGAUGAAGAGAGGCACGGCGUCCGAGACUGUUGCUGCUGCUGGACCCAAACCAUUGGACGGCAAUGUAAAGCUUGUGUUUGUCAAUGCGUGUCAUAGCCAGAAGGUCGCGUCUGUGUUCCUGAACGCUGGGAUCCCUCAUGUCGUGGCGGUGCAUUCGGAUUCUCUCGUGGUGGACGCCUCGGCGACGAUGUUCGCCAAACAUUUUUACCUGUCGCUAUUUCAUGGGCACACUGUGUCGACAGCGUUCGAGAUCGCAAAGGGAGCGGUGCGCGCUCUUCCUACCCAGAAACGAGCUGCUUGUUGCUGCGCCCAUCUCCACGAACCGACAUGCACAUGGAUGCGGGAUGGUUCACGUCACUCCCAACACAGUGCUACUCAGUGUUGCUGCAAGGGCCACGCGUUGGCAUUCCCGCACGACGAGUCCAGCAAGUUUCUGCUUCUUGGAGCGGCUUCGCAUGACGUGGUUCUCUUCGGAGACAUCCCAAAUGGCUCGCUGCGGGACUACACGCCCCGGUACCCAUCCAACAUUCCGUCCAUGCACGGCCAGUUCAUCGGGCGUAACACUGAAACGUAUCUUAUGGUCAAGUCGCUACGCGAAAACGCCGUGACGGCGUGCCUAGGUGCUCCAGGAAUCGGAAAGAGUUCUCUCAUUAUCUCAGUCGCGCACUUCGUGCAUAGCCGCCGCAUGUUUCCUGACGGUGUAUUUUACGUGGAUCUGGAAGGCCAGAAACUCUCAACUGUGCGCUAUGCCAUUGCACAGAGUAUUGGGAUGCCCGCAGCAGACACUAACGAAGAAGUAUUUGCGGAGUUAGGGACCAAGAACUGUUUGCUGGUGCUAGACAAGGUUGAAGAGCUGCUGGAUGAGGAUGAAAACAAGGGCGAAGAACUGCUGCACCAGCUUAUAUCGGUUGCCCCAAAUUUGAAGUUGCUGCUUGCCUCUAGGCGAAAUUUGCAUAUCCCCAGCGUCACACCAUACUCGCUUUCAAUCUCGGAGCUCCCGUUGCACACGGCGACAGAGUUGCUCUGCCUCGUGGCUCCUGGCUGUUCGGCCAAACUAGCUGAACGGUUGGCAAGAAUCUGUGGAUGUCUCCCCCUAGCUAUUCGUGUGGUCGGCCGGGCUCUCGCUAACGCACGAAUGACGGUCACGCCUGAGCGCAUGAUCGAAUAUUUGGAGCGCGAUGACCACCGGUUCGAGACCAUCCGGGAACUCAACCAAGUUGGGCACAAGGAGUGCGUGGACCGUUGCAUCCGCUCAUCUUUUUGUCAUUUAGACGAGCCGCUGAGGCUAGCGUUCAUGGCCUUUGGAUUCUUUCGCGGAAGUUUUGAGAUUGAAGCUGCUGAAGCAGUGUUAUCCAGUGUGUUAACGGAGCAGAAUACUGCUGGGAAAUUGGCCGGGAGUAGCAGCUAUUCCCUGAUGUCUUCGUGUCUGAGUGGUUCCGCUGGCGCAACAACGAGCACAUCAAACUCCUCAAGUUCGUACUUUCCUGCCGAUGCUUACGCCAAGAGCAACCGAAGUCGUGGCCGGGAUGAUGAUGCCUCCUCCGUGCGUAGUCUCGGUUCUCAGCUUUCGAACAUGGAUGGUUUUGGUUUCGAUAACGACGGUGCCAUGACAAAUGACAGCUACGAUCUGCUGGAUCUAGAGAGCGACGAGGAGGCAAAAGCUCGAGAAGUGAGUGUUCCCUCGGCCAGCGUUGCUCUUGAACUACUUCACCAGUGGUCGCUAGUGGAGUUUGAUACAAAAACGAACCGUUAUCGUAUGCAUAACCUCGUGCAGCUUUUUGCCGAGGAGGAAGCUGGAAAAAUGGGGGAUGAAUGUUUCGCUGAUGGCGCACCUGCCUCAACUUCUGGUUCAUCGUUUGUGGCGGCAUCGAUGGGCGCCCCUCCAAUGAGCAUUCCGCUGGGCAAAGAGCUACUUCUCACUUGGAAGCGACGUUUUGUUCGCUACUAUUGCAUGAUUGUCGCCAAGGCCUCGCACGCCUACCGAUUCGAAGGCACCUUGGCCUUAUUUGACAAGGAGCGAGCAAAUAUUGAAUCUGCAAUGCGGCUUGCCCAUGAACUUACGCUGCAAAGCAUUGAGCAGGUGCGCGAGAGCAACUGUCGCGUUCAACAAGAUAUCGUGAGUGAUCAGAUUGGAGAAAUGCCUACCAGUUCAACAAGUACGAUGAGAUCGAAUAGCGAACCAACAUUUUCAGUGAGUGAUGGAGCACUGCCCAAGCCGACCAUCGAACGACACAGCAGUAGCUUUGGUCCAAGUACAAGCGAUAGCAGCAGUAGUGGAAGUGGUCAGCGUCCUGCAGGUUUUGCUGGGCUCAGCAACUCCUCGAUUGUGGACGCGUUGCUCUAUAGUAACCUUGUGGUGCGUUGCCGCUUUAUUUUCCGUGCACGUGUGGAGCCCCGGCGCCGUAUUCAGGUGGUGUCCUCGUGUUUGCAACUAUCACGAGAGACUCGUUCGCUACACUGCACCUGUGGUAACCGUGAAAACGACCCUGCCGCGUUGCUGUGGGAUGUGGAAGAGGCCAAGUUCGAUCGUGAGCUGUCGCUGCUGGAUAAACUACCUUCUUUCGAGGAACCACAACCUCAGGCUGCUUCCGCGGCGGCACAUGAUCGCUGCACAUGCGUCGGAAUCCGAGAGCUUAUCGCACUAGAGGCCCUGCUGCUAACAGAUCUCGGCUACGCGUGCUGCGAUGUUACAGACUGGGUUGCCGCAGAGUACCAUUAUUUGGAGUCAUUACGAUUGCAACGCGAGGUGCUGGGCUGGUCAGAACAUCCACAAGUUGCUGAGGUAUUGAAUCAGUUUGGCAUUUGCCUCAGCACACGUUGGGGAUACUUAGCCCACAACGUUUGGUUGCUGCAACACGCUGAGUGCUUGCUAAAGGGGGCACUUGAAAUGCGCAGUCGGGUGCUAAGCAAAAAUCACCCGGAAUACGCAACGAGUUUGAACAAUCUUGCAAACUUCUACAAGAACUACCCGACUGGAGGAAAGCGUCGAUCGCCGUCGGCCGCACUACGGGAAGAUGCCCGCGAAUCUCGAGAGCGGUAUGCAAGAGGAGGUAGAAGUGGAGGGCGGCGUGGCGGUGGUGCUCAGCGAGGUGCCCGCUCGAAUUCAAGUCCAAGCCCGAGCAGAUCCACGGGGCCCAAUAUCGCUGGCAUGUAUCGCCAAUCACUCAAAAUUCGCGAGAUAACGCUCGGCGAGAAUCACCCUCAGGUGGCACAGUCGCUAAAUAAUCUCGCGCUAUAUCUCUCCAACCAGCUUGAAGCGCAGCAACUGAGUGAGGCGGAGUUAGCAACCCAGCGGGCAGAAAUCGGUCGUCUGUAUGAGCGAGCACUAAGGAUUCGUCGAAGCAGACUCGGUAAUGCAAGUUUUGAGACAGCUGCCACGUUGAACAACAUGGGCAAUUUCAAGCGACUUACGAAAGAUUGGCGUGGAGCAGAAGAAAAUAUCAAGGAAGCUCUACAGAUCACGGAUCGUUACUUUAAUGACAUCAGUCCCCGUGCCGCGCGCAUCUUCAUCAAUCUUGCACGCGUGUAUCGAGACCAGAAACGAUAUGGAGAGGCAAUUGCUGCCUACAAGAAAGCGCAAGAUAUCCGCCAGCAGCUUUUCCCAGAUACCCGAGACGUCGGCUUUUGUAUCGAGCAAAUCGGCAAGUGUAUGCGACUGCAAGGAAAUGAAGAGGAAGGCAAAGCCUUAGAAGACAGGGGUCGACAGAUGAAGAAGCUUGGACUUUCGGCAUUGGAGCAGGAUGAGAUGGGAGAAGUUGACAGUGGAAGCACCAUUAGUGGUGGGAGCAACGGUUUGCAGCACGCAAUAUUGAGUGGUGACAGCGUUGAGGGAACCGUAUCGUCAGGCCACCUUUUCGCGCGCGUCAAUGUGUAUGACAUCGUUGACACGGAGGCGCUGAUAUCACGCAAGUUUAAUUUUCCCGGAAAGUUACUCGGCGAGAGAGGCAUUCACUUGAAGAAGAUCGAGGCUAUUGCAUGUGCCCAACUGCGGUACUUCGGGCCGUGGCCGCAAUCACUAAGCAAAUGGAGCAAAGGCCGGGAUGUGUCUUCACGCACACUGCCAGAAGCUUACAUCCAGAUCACCAGCACAAACGAGGCGGCUUUGGAACGUGCAAAAGAGCAAUCCGUUCAGCUUUUACGUGAGAUGAAGCUUUCGUGGGAGCGGUUCCUGGCUCGGACGACCGCGCAUCAUGGAGGAUCCGGGCACCGUGGACAGCCACCUCCGCAUCACCAGCACCAUGGCUGGGGUGGAGGCGGGGGUCGCGGAAGGGGCCGGCAUCUGCAUUUGCAUCGGACCCCGUCGAGCCAGCUACCGCGAUCAAAUAGCACUGGUGGCACUGGUGGUGGUGGAGUUUGGGGUGGCCUGACGUGA